GAGAGGUGGUUGUGUUUGGCGUCGUUACAUUUUUAACGGUUUGUUGUUAAAAAUUGUACAAUUGUUGUAAUAAUUAUCAAAAAUAGUGUGAACCCUACUUAGAAUUUGUUUUGUGGUAUAAAAAGUGAACCGUAACGAUGGCUACCCAGCCAGAAGUCGGUGUGUCUGACUUCGUCCUGCUAGACAAUUUGACCACUGAUAAAUUCAUAGAAAAUUUGCAACUCAGGUUCCAACACAAUAAGAUUUACACAUACAUCGGCGAAGUGCUGGUCUCCGUCAACCCAUACAAGACCUUGGACAUCUACAAUGCACAGCACAUGGCCCAGUAUCGGGGCAGGGAGAUGUUUGAAGUGCCUCCACAUGUAUACGCUGUGGCAGAUGCCUGUCAGAGAGUGCUCAGGCAACAGGGCAGGGACACAUGCGUCUUGAUAUCCGGAGAGUCUGGUGCAGGGAAGACGGAAGCCUCCAAGUUUAUAAUGAAAUACAUCGCCGCUAACACUACGCAGGUUCACAGAGAGUAUAUUGACAGAGUAAAAAACGUACUUAUACAAUCGAAUUCGAUCCUGGAGACGUUCGGUAACGCGAAGACGAAUCGUAACGAUAAUUCGUCUCGCUUCGGCAAGUACAUGGAUAUUCACUUCGACUAUAAGGGCGAUCCUGUCGGUGGACAUAUCAGUAAUUAUCUGCUGGAAAAGAGCCGGGUUGUCAGUCUGCAACCAGGCGAGAGAAACUUUCACUCCUUCUAUCAGUUAUUAAGUACAAACAAUCCAUACACAAAGAAGUUCGGGCUAAGCUCAACCGAGGUUUACAAGAUAUUGGGCAGCGAGCGCGGCACCGCACACGAUUCUAAACUCUAUUCUGUUACGAAUAGUGCCUUUAAUGCAUUAGGAUUUUCCUCUACGGUUGUCGAGGAUAUUUGGAGUAUUGUAGCUGGUGUUAUUUUAUUGGGCGAGCUAAGUUUUACAGAGACAGCGGAAGGCGAGUUGAACAUAGGCGGUCCUUUGCGCUCAUGUGUUAGUGCACUGGGUGUGAGCGAGACUGCGCUACGUGAGGCGUUCGCGUGCCGAGUACUGGCUGCCGGCGGAGAACUGGUCAGCAAGCGGCACUCGCUCAGUGACGCGCACUAUACGCGGCUAGCACUAGCAAAGGCCGCGUAUGAUAGACUGUUCAGCUGGAUUGUACAAGAGAUAAACAAAGCGAUCGAAGCACCGAAAGGUACUUACCGCAGCACUUUGAUCGGUGUGCUCGACAUCUACGGCUUCGAGAUCUUCGAGACCAACAGCUUCGAGCAGUUCUGUAUCAAUUACUGCAAUGAGAAGCUGCAGCAGCUCUUCAUUGAGCUGGUGCUGAAGCAGGAACAGGAGGAGUACGCUCGCGAGGGUAUCCAGUGGUCUCCGGUACAGUACUUCAACAACCGCGUCAUCUGCGAGCUGGUGGACGCCCCCCACCAGGGCAUCAUCGCCAUCAUGGAUGAGGCCUGUCUCAAUCCCACCAAGAUAUCAGACAGUCAGUUGCUGGAAGCAAUGGACAAGAGGUUGAACGGACACAAACACUACACGUCGCGACAACUCAGCCCCACUGAUAAGAAACUCAAACACAGCAUCGACUUUAGGAUCACUCACUACGCGGGAGAGGUGACAUAUGCCAUCACGGGUUUCAUGGACAAGAACAAGGACUCGCUGUGGCAGGACCUCAAGAGGCUGCUGCAUUCCUCACGCAAUACCUCCCUCGCCAACAUGUGGCCGGAAGGUGCCACAAAUAUACAAAAAACGUCAAAGCGUCCUCCAUCAGCAGCGACGUUGUUCCGCAACUCAAUGUCUGCGCUGGUGUCAGGUCUGCAGAGCAAGGAGCCAUUCUACGUGCGUUGUGUCAAACCAAACCCUGUACAAGCACCACACGCAUGGGACGAACAGCUGGUCCGGCACCAGGUGGCGUACCUCGGCCUGGUGGAGAACGUGCGCGUGCGCCGCGCUGGGUUCGCGUCCCGGCAGCGCUACGACCGCUUCCUGAAGCGCUACAAGAUGCUGUCUCAGUACACGUGGCCCAACUUCCGCGGCACCAGCGACCGUGAUGCUGUCAUGGUGCUGCUCAGAGAUCUGCAGAUGAACGACGUACAGUUUGGACACACUAAGCUGUUUAUCAGGAGUGCGCAGACUGUGCACGCGCUGGAGGCGGCGCGCGCAGAGUUGAUUCCCUCCAUAGUGGUGCUGCUGCAGAAGCUGUGGCGUGGAACUCUCGCCAGACUGCGCUACAAGAAGAUGAAGGCAGCUCUCUUCAUAUUCAAUGCCUGGAAACGCUAUCGUUACCGACGUUACAUAUCCGAGCUGCAACAAGAGUUACAACGCAAUGGGGGCGUGAUCAAGAGGUGGGCGGAGCCUCCGCGGCGCGUACCAGUCUCCAUCAUACAGGCGGCGUACCGACGUUGGCGCGCGUACCUGGUACUGCGUCCCGUACCGAGAGACCAGUGGCCGCAGUUGAAGUUGAAGAUAUGCGCCGCCAGCGCCCUCCGCGGCAGACGGUCGUACUGGGGAGCUGCGAGACUGUGGAGGGGGGACUAUUUGGCGGUCGAUAGCUAUAAUGAUAAAGCUGCUGUGUACAGAUCAGCGCUGGCGCACCUCCAGAAGUCUCAUCAGGUGGGUCGGGCUGUGUUCUCAUGUCGCGUACACAAGUUCAACCGGCACAACAAGUUGGCUGCUCGUGCGCUGCUCGUCACUGACACCGCACUCUGCAAACUCGACUCCAACACCUUCAAGUUGCUCAAGAAGCCCACACCCAUCACUGAGGUGGGUGCGGUGCGCGUGAUGAGCGGCGACGCGCAGCUGGCGGUGAUCAGCGUGCCCAGCGCCCGCAACGACCUCGUGCUGGGUCUGGUCGCGCCCGCAGACACCGCGCCCGACCUCGUCGGCGAGCUGCUCGGCGUGCUCGCACACAGAUACCACGCGUUAACUGGUUCAGAGCUGAUAGUGGAAGUGGAGAGCGGAGUGACGACGCGCUGCAUCCUCGGCGGGAAGAGUCGCGCGCUGCAGCUGCCGCCUGCGCCUGCGCACCACUCCCCCCACUCCCCCCACUCUCCCCACUCGCCCACGCCGGUGCCGCCCUUCACUCAUGCGCACAACGUCAUCACCUACCAUCCGACAUCUGCGCGCGCGUAGCCAUCUACUGAUUGUCACUUUGUCUGUACUCUGGUUUCUAACCAUGAAUAUAGGUUUCAACUGCCAUCAGACUUGUAUAAAAACAUAAUGUUGUCUAUUAUUUCAAAUAUAUUUAGUAGGAUGACAUUUGUUAACAAGCGUUUUGGCAGUGGAAAGUCACUGUUAUAG